AUGAACAAUCAAUAAGAACCAUAUGUUAGAAAUAAAAGAGAUUUAAAAGUUCCAUACAUUUCAUGUUAAGAUUACACAAAUUUAGAAUAAGCUUCAAAAUUGAUACCUGCUUUGAAGUAAAUAAAUUAGAGUGAGAGACAUUUGGCAGAUGCUGUAAAUGCAUAUACAUAUAUAAUACGUAGUAACAAUGAUGAUGAUAUACACAAAGUAAUAAGUAUAAUUAAUAUAAAUUAGUCAAUAAAAUAUGGGAUUUGGACAUCAAGUAAAGAAAACAAUGAGAAAUUGAAUACAAAAUAUAUAGAAGCAUAAUAAGAAGGAAUUCCAAUUUAUUUGUUUUUCAGUGUAGUAAGAAGUGGAUAAUUUGUUGGGGUNCAAGAGAAACAUUAAAAUUUUUGGAAAGAGAAGUAAAAGAAAAAAAUGCUUAGAUUUAAGCUUUAUAGAUUGAUUUAGCUAAAAAGUAAAAAUAUAUAGAUUUUCUUGAAAAAAAUGGUUAAAAAUAAAAAACCCCUUCAAAUAAGGAAGCUAAUUGUGAAGGAUAAUAAUAAAUAUAAAAAUAAUGUAAAGAAUGGGAGAAAAAAUAUUUUGAAUGCAAUAGCUAACUUAAAGAGAAUAAAAAAUAUGCAUAGAAAUUAUAAGAAUUGAAUCAAUAAUUAUUACAUAAAUUAAAAUAAUUUGAAUUUAAUACAGAAUUGAAUUAAUAAAAGAAUGUAAACAAUGAAAUAUAUGAGGCAAAUACAAAUGUUUUGAUAAAGUAUAUAUAGUAUGUUUAAUUUUUAGAUAUGAAUAAAUAAUAAAGACUCAACAAGAGUAAAUUCAAUAACAAGAGGAUAGAUACAUAGCUUUGGAAUCUAAAUAUGAUAAAUUAAAAGAAAAUAGUGAGUAGUUUCUAUUUAAUUCUCGUGAUUUAAAAUAUUAAUAUGAACAUAUGCUGAAUACUCUGGAAUCAAUAGCAAAUAGUUAUUGA